ACUGUUGAAUCGGUGCCGUUUUCUCUUUUCCAGUCAAGGGAAGCUCAUGCGCUUCGCAAGUCAUUGAUAAGAAAAAAAAAACUCUGUGUAGACUAAUUGUAGGAUUGCAAAACUGUAGACGUCAAAGUGUUCAAAGUGCUUUUGCCUGGAAGAGAACACUAUCCAUAAAACUGGGUCAGCCUGUCAUGACUAAGCUGCAGCCGGGGGCAUGCUAGAAGUGAAGUGAGAAAAUGCUUGUCUCAUGCCGUCCAUUCAACAGGAUUCGUUCAGUCCCCAACAAAAUGUGAAAUUGCACCAAACCGACACAAGCAGAAGGAAUGUUACUGCAUAUCUGAGAAUACCUCCAUUGUCGAGGCUAAAAUGUUGAAGACGGAGGCCUCGGCAGAGAGGAAUAACCUGAGGAGUGCUUCACCGCACCGGAAUGCCUACAGGACUGAGUUCCAGGCUCUAAAGAAGGCCUUUGACCAACCUAGACAGGAUGGAGACCCCAAGCUCAAAGACCCCAAGGCGGUCAGGCAGCCUCGAGGGCGGCAAUAUGGGGCCCAUGUCAGUCGAAUCAAGAACAUGUUUAUGCAGAUGGGGACUGAGAAUGCUGGCUCAUCAGUGGACGAGACCUCCCCACAGAAACUCACCAAACCAUCAAACUUCGUCAACCGGGUUGAUGGGUUGGUGAUCAAGUUACAGCAUGGCACUGGGGAGCAGACAGGUGGUGGCCACCAUAACUCAAAGUUCACAGAAACAAGGAAACUCUUUGAGCAGAGCUCCAGAGAUGCUUCACAGUCACCUGUGUAUUCUUAUGGCAAAGACAAGAGGGGUUCUCAUGAACAUUUGGAUGACUGGCGGGGGCCGCGUUCAAACAGAGGCAGUACAGACUCGUUGGAUAGUCUUUGCUCCAGAACAGAGGCCUCAUCACCUACUGUGAGUCAGCUCAGUGCUGUGUUCGAAAAUAUAGACCAGCAGGGCUCUGGUGCUACUUUCAGAAGAGGCUAUGGAGGGGGAAGAGGACUGUACUCCCCAGAUGGCUUACACAGACAGGGGGAGGCCAGUGAGGAUGAUACCAGUGCUCGACAGUCUCCAUCACGUGGAUUUUACAGGACACGAGUGGGUAGCAAGCACAAUCUGCCGGUUUCUUCUUCCUCAGAAGAUCUUCUCAGUCCUAGUCCUCUGUCAGAGGCUGUGGAUCAGGUGAAAGCAGGUGAGAAGAAGCCUCAGGAGAGAUCCGAAGAACCAACGGAGACAGAAAGUGAAAGAGUGGAUGCAAGUACUACUGAGGUGCUUGAUGGAUACAGUGAUCUGAAACAAUCCUCUCUUAAAACAAAACUGAAAUCUGUUGAGGCUGUGGAUUGUUCCUUAACCACAGUUCAAGUCAAUGACGCUGCUGUUUGUGACAAAACUUCUACAGCCACCAAGGUUCAUGAGGAAACAGACAGUCAUGUGAAAGAGGAGGCUAGUAGGAUUACAAAGGAUCAAAUAGAAGAACCCAAUGAGGAAUACUGUAGCAAUGAGAGAGUUAUUUUCAAUGCGGAUGGAGAUGCGUGCUACCAGGGCUGGGGGGAGAGCUGUACAGAGCCAGAUGAUGACCUGUAUGAUGAUGACAUUUCUUAUGACCCUGGAUCAGAGAUCAUAGAGAUUCCCGGACUUCCAGAGGAGGACAAGGAGGAAAUUCCACAGAAACGAAAAAUUCAAUUUAGCUCUGCACCCAUAAAAGUGUUCAAAACCUACUGCAAUGAAGAUUAUGACCGGAGGAAUGAAGAGGUGGACCCGGUAGCAUCCUCAGCAGAGUAUGAGCUGGAGAAACGGGUGGAGAAGCUGGAACUUCUCCCUGUGGAACUGGAAAAAGAUGAUGAUGGCUUGGGCAUCAGUAUUAUAGGAAUGGGGGUUGGUGCUGACGCAGGCCUGGAGAAGCUGGGCAUCUUUGUCAAGACUGUCAUUGAGGGUGGAGCAGCAGAGAGAGAUGGAAGGAUUAAAGUGAAUGAUCAAAUAGUGGAGGUUGAUGGCACCAGUCUGGUGGGUGUGACUCAGAGCUUUGCUGCAUCUGUCCUGAGAAACACACAAGGAGUGGUCAGGUUUGUGAUAGGCCGAGAGCGGCCGGGACAGCAGAGUGAGGUGGCUCAGCUCAUCAGUCAAACUCUGGAGCAGGAGAGACUUCAGAGAGAGAUGAUAGAGCAACAGUAUGCUCAGUACGACGCUGAUGAUGAUGAGACAGGUGAGUAUGCCACAGAUGAGGAAGAGGAGGCGGGGCAAACGGGAACAAACAGAGAUGUGGCCAUUGAGGUAUUUGAUUUACCUGAAAACGAGGAUAUCAUCUCGCCAUCUGAACUGGAUGCCACCAAGCUCUAUCAGAAGUUCAGAGAGCUGCAUAUUAAACACACUGUCACUGAAGCUGAGAUCCAGAAACUCAAGAACAAGCUGGCUGCAGUGGAAAAAGAGAAGGCACGAUGGGACAGAGAGAAGACACAGCUAAAGCAAAGCAUCGAGGACAACAAGGAGAGGAUGCUGAAGUUAGAGACCUACUGGAUCGAGGCUCAAACGUUGUGCCAUACGGUCAAUGAGCAUCUGAAGGAGGCCCAGAGUCAGUAUCAGACCCUGGAGAAGAAGUACAACAAGGCCAAGAAGCUCAUUAAGGACUUCCAGCAGAGAGAGCUGGAGUUUGCUCAGAAGGAUGAUGCUGAGAAGAAGAGGCUGGAGGAGGCAGAAAAGGCUAAUUUGGCUGAAAUCCAGAGUCUUCAAGUGAGGAUUGCUACUCUGGAGUCAGAGCUAAUGCAGCUGAUGAAACAAAAUGGCAUCCAGGUAAACAACAACAACAACAGUGCUGAGAGCCUAGCCAGGCUGACUGAAAGAAUGGCAGCCUCACAGUGUCCAAGGAGAAGUGUCCCUGGAGGAGAACUGGGUGAGCUGACAGGUGCCAGUGGAGUACAGGGAUUUUGCAGGUCUACAGAGAGAGAUGAGAGUCUGGAAAGGAGGAGCUCUGGGCCUCAAUCCUCCAGAGUGGCUGGUGCAACAGAAGCUACAAUCAGGCACCCACAGCAGGAAUCUGAUAAUGAGGGAUCUUCAGCCGUUAUCAGUCGAGAGGAGAAAUCUGGUAAAACACUUCUAGACUUGGGGCCUUCACUGAGUAAAAGUAAAGGGAAAGAGCAGUAUCCCAAAGGAUCUCCUGAUAAAAGCUCCACAGAGCCUUCUGCAGAAAACAGCCCAGAAAGACUCAACAGCAAGGGUCCUAGAGUCAGUGAUGACCUCAGCAUCAGCAGUACGAGCUCGACAGAGAUCAGUGGUGUCCUGACUGAGGUUAAGAUGUCUGGCCGAUCACACACACUAACACUGUCCUCAGAUGAGAGUGUGGAAAUGAUUGAAGAUGAGAUCAUGGAUGAUUGUCAGCCUCCAAAACAGUACCAGUGGCAAAACCGUAGUGUGACUGAGUGGACAUGUCAACAGGUGUCAUGCUGGCUCAUGGGACUGAAUCUGGAACAGUAUGUCUCUCUCUUCACUGCCAAGAAUGUAGAUGGAGAGCAGCUAUUGAAGCUGGACAGUACAGCACUCAAGGCUCUGGGCGUGGAGUCUUCUCAGGAUCGGGCUGUCAUUAAGAAAAAGCUGAAAGAUCUGAAGGUGCUGAUAGAAAAAGCUCGCAGAAACAGAGAAAAAAUGGAAAAACAGCGCAAAAAAGAACUGGAGCAGGUUCAAAAACCGGUCCGGAAAAACAGCAAGUCGUGUGGACCAGGAGAGGGCACCACUGAUUGACAGCACUUGACCCUCACUUGUUUCACCAUGAACAGCAUUAUAAGUACAGAGAAUUUCAGUAUUUCAUGGGACUCAAAGUUCAUUGCAAAAGGGGCUUAUUGCUAUUGAGCUGCCACUGGACAAAUUAAAAACCAAAUUGUCCAAAUAUGGAUUUUAUUAUCUUAACUGAAAAACAUACUUUAAAUUCAGGUUUUCUUUUGUUUUUGCAGAAUGAUCACUGCUGUUUUGUUUCUUGUUUUAUGUCUGAUUAAUAUCUAUUUAUUUGGUUAUUGAGUAUAUGUAUAUGUUGAUCCAGAGCAUAUCAGCUUAUAACUCUGCAUUACAAGCACCUUUAGAUGUUGAGACAAUGUACAUAUGCAGACAACAUAAAUAUUAAUAUGUCUAAUGUGCCAUUUUCUAUCAAUACCCAAGAUGUGUGGUCUGUCCAAGAAAUGGGGAAAGAUUUACAUGCAUUGGCUUUGGUAAAGCAAAGGUCAUAGUGAUGGAUGGUCACUGUCAUGGUGACGAUUACAGUAUUUAUUCAAAUACUCAAAGAUUCUGAGUGCUGCUCACAAGAACCACUAGCAUCCAGACGCUGCUGUGAGAAGAAAGCCAUUCCAGCUACUGAGAUAUCAUGGACCUCACAAUCCCUCUGAUCUUUGUGGAUUCUGUAUACUGUAAACCUACUGUUUGGAUUCACAUCUCCUUCAAUGACCUGCCAGUAUUCCAGUUGAGUACAACGGACAAAUUAUGUUCCAGUGUGUUCUUCUCCGAGCUUGAAACCUCUAUCAAUUUUCUUCGAUCUUUGGAAGACUUAUCACACGCAAUGGCGAUUUCAGGAGUCCACUGUUUAAAACUGCUCUAAAGAUGCAAGAUAAGUACUCUAAAAAACAAAAGAAGAAGAAAAAAACUCUUGCUAGACCCUGCUGCUUUUAUUCCACAGCUACCUGCUUCUAUCCUUCUCCAUUGCCCUGAGGUAGAUUCUCAGUUAGACCCAAGUGCUGCCUUUUGAAGUGAUGCAUUUUUCCUUAUUUUAUUUGUAUGGUAUGAUGUUACACUCUGAAUCACACUGAUUGUGUGAAUGCAUCUUUGUUUUCUCUUGCAUCCUAAUGUUGCAGAGCAGAUGACAAAUGUGCAGUUAAAAUGGACCUACUCUAUAUGUUAUUUUACUUACCAUUAUUUUAUCAUGCUAAAUUUUAUUUGGUUCGAUCCUAUUGUUUUUGUCAAUUAUUUCUCACAUCCACAAAGAGAGCACCAUAAAAAUGUUAUGCAUAGAGUAACCAAUAUCGCCUCUACUGAUUUAUCCUGGGUUACAUUUUAUGCAACACAUUUCCAAUAUGUAUGCAGUGUAAGUAUACGAAAACACAGUAGCCUACAGACAUUCCCAUUGCUUCUGUAUUUCGGAUUCAGCUUUGAUAAAUCAUAUUAACCCAUUUUAACCUGUCUUCUUUUGGCUGCCAAAAUUGAACUGUCCACAUUUAAUUCUAAUUUCUGUGCUCAUGAAGAGCUACCUUGUAAACAUAAUUUGCAGUUCUCACAUUUAUGUUGAUGCAUAUCAUUUGUGUUUACAUUUGAAUUACUGAUUAUUUCCAUAGCAACACGAAGGCAGCUUCUGUGGUACUUGGGCACUGUACAGAGGACAUUAGGCAGUGCCUAUGUAUUCAAAUGUGACUCUAUGUAAGAUUAUAUUCAGUGUUAAUUACUUCUGAAUAGUAAUUAAGUCUGUCAUAGUCUAUUUAUUUAUUUUUCCUAAUCUAAGAAAUGUUUGUAAAUCAGCUGAAUAUUAUUUAUUUCCAAAGCAAAAAAUUAUUACCAAAAAGCUGUUCUAAAUUGUAUCUAAAUAUUACAAAAGUCCAGUGAUGAUAUUAGGAGAUUGUAUGUUUCUUUAUAAACUCGCAAUGCUCUUGUGAACAAAUCUUGCAAAGAAAAGCUUGUCUUAGCAUAAUAAAAUCCUUUCCAGCCCUCUGCUAAGAAUCAACUAAAAAUAACCUGCUGUAAAUCCAAAUCUAACCUGCUCAGUCAUUUACUAAAUACUGACUUUUGUAUGUAAACAUUAAAGCAAUAGCUAUUUAGCCCGGUGUUUUUUUUCUUCUUUUUCAUCUUUAUAAAUUUGUGUCUCAAUUUCUUGAGACAAUAGAUGGUCUACCGGGUCUGUCUGUUGGAAUGUGUUUGCGUGCAGGGAUAAUCACAUCUGGAUCUGAGCACAGAAAUGUGGUUUGUAAUUCAUAGAUUUUGUUAAAUUUCACUGACUCUCUCCAUUAGGAUGCUUACCUGACAUCUAUGAAAAUCGUUGUACCCUGUUGUUGGUAUAUGACAGAAUCGGUCAGGAUAUAUAGAGGAAUUGCAUGCAACACCUGAGAAAAGAGCAUUAAACUGAAUAUUUUCUUUUGUCAUACCCACAUGAGGGACGUUGUUGUGCCAUACCCAUUCUUCCCAAAACGGCUAAAUUCUGUCCUUUAUUUUUGUUCAUGAAAGAUUAAAAUCCUUGUGAAGGUUUGCCAUGUUGGACUGUAAAUACACUUCAAAUGACUUAACUGUUCAGAGAAAUGCAAUGAUCAUUCCAAACCUGUCUUGAUUUUGGUGGUGUUCAUGAUGAAAGCAGUUAAUCAGAUGUGGAUUGACAUGUUGCACUUUUCUUUUUUGCAAUUAGCCAAUACAUUGAGAUAAUGGAAAUAAAAAAAGCAAAAAAA